ACAGAAUCAGAAGAGUCUAUUCCUCCUGAUUCCCACCCUAGUGGGAAUAAAAACAGGAUUCCACUCUUUCUUUCUGUUCCUCCUCUCAUCCCUCAUUCCCCUCCUCCUCUCCGUCAUGACGUUGCUGGCCUCUGAGAGGUCUCUUCUCAUCCGGAACAAAUUCCGCUCAGUCUUGCAGUUGAGGAUUCAGAACCGAAGGCAAAAUGAAAUCGACUCUGGGUUGAAAACUACCUGUUCUUCUCGCAAAGGAGAGAAAGACCAGAGUAAAACUCUGCGUCUAACUGACGAUGGCGCCACUCAGAAGUCGCCCCUGUGUGGUCUGAACAUUAAAACUGCACAAGACAGGAGUGUGUGUGGGACCGGAAGGCAGAAGAAGGCUCGGCUGGCUAACAACCUUGGAGAGAAGGUCCAGCAUCGGCCCGGACCUCUGGACCUACUGCACAAACACAUACUUCAUCCGGAGAACCGCCCGGUCUCCUUCCCUCUCUCUUCAGAUGUCUUCCAAGAUGACAUCUCUUCCUGCUCUUCCUCCUUGUCUCCCGAGCAACUCGGGGUCCUCCAAUCACCAGCCUUCUCCUCGUCGCCGGGGUUCUCAGACGACCAAUCACUGAGUGACCUGUCCCCUGGGGUCUUGCCCCUUACCCACAGUCCCGCCCAUGUUCAGUCUAUCUUGGCGUUGCUCCCAGCAACCGAGGGCAUCAGCCAGCCAAUGAGCAUGACCAUGGGCGACUCCAACUCCAUGGCAACGACCGAGAGACCAAAGGGGAUGUAUCUGACCUCCCAUGCCACGCCCCUGCUGCCAAAGACAGCCCGGUCUCUCACACCUCCCUCCGACUCUUCCUCCCUUACUCCCUUCCUGACUUCCUCUCGCCCCCCCCGCCCGCGGAAACCACGGGAUUCACAGCCCAAGAUGAGGAAACUCAAAUACCAUCAGUACAUUCCCCCCGACCAGAGAGCCACGGCCGGGACUGCCGGGGGAGGGGCCAGUCAGAGGAGCCCCACACCAGCCCAGCUCUUAGACCCCGCCUACUCCAGCCUCCUGCAGCAACAGCAGGUGUUCCUCCAGCUGCAGAUCCUCCAGAACCAACAGCAGAAUCAGCAGCAACAGGACCAGCAGCAACAGCAGCAGCUCACCGUCACAUCCAGCGGAGACACCAACCAAAUGGUGAGGUUCUCUGGAGCCAUGCACCAGGACCCUCAGCCUGUAUCCAAGGCAACAAACCACACCUCUGUGGACACAAGUCCCUCCAACAAGUCUGAGCUCCUCCCACCUAACCUGGUCGACCUCACGGUGUCUGAGUUGCGACAGCAGCUCCGUAAGCGAGGUCUUCCUGUCUCCGGCACCAAGCCCGCCCUCCUCCAGAGGCUCCGCCCUUUCCAGCUGCCCCACCUGUGCUUGACCCCUGUGCCCCUCUGCCAGCUGGGUACCAGCCUGGAACCCCUUACCCCCACCUCCUUGCUCACCCCCAGCCACUACCCCAGCUCCUGCCCCAGCUCUGGAACUGAUUCCCCCACCAACAGCCCUAACCAUCAGGUCUACAUCCAGUCCACUGGAGUUCUGAGCGGGGUUCCAAACGGAAUUGUUAAUGACAUUCCGAAUGGUAAUACUAAUGGUAAUACUAAUGGAAUAGGGGUCAGUGUGGUGGAGGAGCAGUGUGGCUUCCUGGCCCCUGCGUUAACCCCAUCAUCGACACCCAGCCCCGGUCUCCCCCCACGCUCCUCUUCGCCACUGUCGACUGGCGCCUCCUGGCGGUCGGAACAGGAGCAGCAGGAGCUGAGCCUGGAGCUAGAGAUGAGGGAGAGGAUGAGGAGCAGGCCCAGGGAGAGGCUAUCUCCUCCUCUGUCUCUAUCCUGUGGGGGUUCCCUCCAUCCCUUCCUGCAACAGGAUCCAAGAUGGCCCAGAGAGACACCAGAGAGGGAAGGACAGACAGAGAUCCUGUUCACACAGGUGUUCUGUUGCCAGCCGUGGGAUGUGAUUGGCCAGGACUUUGAGCUGCCCAUGCAGAUCACAGCCAGUCCCAUUCAAGCGCCACCCAGCGUCCGCAGUCUGGAGGAGGAGCUGCAGGAGGCCAUUAACAGAGUACUGAUGGACCCCAGUCAGUCAAUAGAGGACAUUCUGGAGGAACCUACCACCUGUGUGGACUCGCACUCCUCCUCUGUCUCAGUCACUAUCCUCCCUGGCCCCUCCUCUCCUCCCCAAACAGACCAAGCCCAGCCUUUCCGUUGUCAUUCAAAGGAUGACAACUUCCUGUCCUCUCCUCUCUGCUCCUCCCUCCUGCUGGAGCUCCCGCCGUCGCCUUCGACGAUGGUUCCCCGCCAAGCCGCCCCACCCCAUCUCCCUCCCUCCAUCUGUACUUCUCCCCUGCCUCCCGCUGUGACCUCACGGAAGAGGCCGGCUCAGGCAACCUUUGACCCUGCUGAUUGGUUGGAGUCGCUAGCCUCUGGACUCCGCCCUCUCAGUCCUCCAUCUGGCCCAUUCGUUGAGACCGACUUUGGCCUCAAUUCGGAUCUGAACGUCAACCGAGCGUUGGAUCUCAUGGUGGAGCAGUGGUGAACGUCUUAGGUGGACUGAGUGUCAGUGUGUGUGUUUGAAUGUGUGUGUGUUAGUCGAACUUCAACAUACACCUCUCAAACAAUGGGAACAGAUUUGUGAAUGUCCAUCCAUCCAUCAGUCUAUCCAUCCAUCCCCUCUGUCCACUUUGUGAGUGAGUAGUCUGUUUGAGAGAGCUGACUGCAGGUCUGAACCCCAAGCAAUGUCGAGAGACAGAUGCUACUGCAUUGGAAGAGAUGAAAAAAGACUGAGUUGCAUUGGUGGAACAAUAACUGGCAGAGGGACUCACACACUCACGCACACACUCACGCACACGCACACGCACACGCACACGCACACGCACACACCACACACACACACACACACACACACACAAUGCAUAUUUGGAGUCACACACAAUCCAACACAUUGUUUACAGCCACAGUCCAUAGUGUUCCCCCAGCCACAGUCAUUGAGUCCGAGUCAUUCAUAAAGGGCAGACAGGGCACACAGCUUGUCCAUGUCUCCAGACCUUUCCCCUAGUGCCAGACACACAGUCGGCAUGUGGAGAGAGAGAGCUGGCAGACACCACACAACCCUUACAGGGAAGUGUGUGUGUUUGUGCACGCCUGGCUGCUUCUGUUUUUAAGUUGGUGUGUGUGUGUGUUAAUACACAUGUAACAGUAUAGGCUUUACGUCGUCCCCUCGCCCGACACGGGCGCGAACCAGGGAACCUCUGCACACAUCAACAACAGUCACCCACGAAGCAUCGUUACCCAUCGCUCCACAAAGGCCUUUGUGGAGCAAGGGGCAACCCUACUUAAAGUCUCAGAGCAAGUGACGUAACUGAUUGAAAUGCUACUAGCGCGUACCCGCUAACUAGCUAGCCAUUUCACAUCCGUUACACUCACCCCCCUUUCAACCUCCUCCUUUUCCGCAGCAACCAGUGAUCCGGGUCAACAGCAUCAAUGUAACAGUAUAAAUUUUACGUCGUCCCCUCGCCCCGACACGGGAGCGAACCAGGGAACCUCUGCACACAUCAACAACGGUUGCCCACGAAGCAUCGUUACCCAUCGCUCCACAAAGGCCGCGGCCCUUGCAGAGCAAGGGGCAACCCUACUUAAAGUCUCAGAGCAAGUGACGUAACUGAUUGAAAUGCUACUAGCGCGUACCCGCUAACUAGCUAGCCAUUUCACAUCCGUUACACACACACACACAUUGUAUAUUUAUCUGAAUUGUUGCAAAUAUACUCGUAGCUCCUACUUUGUGUAGACUAAGUGUGCAAUGUCUAUGAGUAUUGAUUUUGUACGGUUGAUCUGAGAGAGAGAGAGAGAGAGAGAGAGAGAGAAAAGAGAGACUGCUUCCACAUUUCGUGCCUAUUUUAAUUGUGGUUUCAACACUAGUCUGUUGCUGCAAUAUAUAACACUAUGAGGGGGUCACUAAAACCUAAUGAACCACUAUGUUCAAUUCAUUGCUUGUCUUUUUUUUAUUUAAGAGAGAAAAACUGGUAAACAUCCUAUUAAGCCAAGAGAUAAAUAGCAAUCACUCUGAGAGGCUUCAGCGCAUGCUACACGGCCAUAUUACCAGAGUGUAUGUUCUCAUCAGUGUCUGAGAACAGGUGGUCUCUGUUUUAUGAGGUCCUCCCACAGUGUUUGGAGGAAACAGCGUGGUGCUCUACACACUGUAACGGCCACAGUCACUGUUUACACCUGUUGUUAUGGAGAUAAAAAGGUCAAAUAAAGGUUAUGCGCAGGAUAACAAUGUCAAUUAAAUUUCAUGAAAGAAUUUCAUGAUUUUAGCUUCGAUUUUUUCGGUGCUUUAUCCCAUACUGUAAAAACAGGUAGAAUCAGGAAAUAAAUCUGUCCCAAAGAGAGGCUGUUCUGAUUGCAGGAAGUGACACAGAUGUUCCCUGAGACAACAAUCUCUCUCUUGGCCAGUUCCAAAUGGACCCCUAGCCCCUACCUCCUAGGCACUUGAGGAGGAUAGAACUGGAUAGAUAUAAUCAAUAUGGUAAUAGCUCCACCAUUCCCCUGAUAGGCUAUGUGGAACUUUCCCCAUAUCGCUCACAGCUAUCCAGCCUACUAGAAGUUGUGCCCUGGGGAAAGGGGCUAGAGGCUCUAAAAGGGGCUAGAGGCUAGAGGCUUUAAAUGACCACCAGGGGUGUCCCAUCAGUAAAGAGCUGAGGAGGUAAAUACUGUACUUCUCCCUAACAUGGAUCAUGAUGAAGUUGUCUGUGUUUCCGUGCUAUCAGUGAUUGACGGUCAAGGGCUUAUUCUCUUAUUCUUAUUCUUAUUGACAAGGCAGUCCAAGGGCUUAUUCUCAGGGUCAGAACAUUCAGUAUUUACAGAGCAGAUAUUAUUCUCUAUUCCACAUGAUGUUCUACCAGAUCCAAUGGUUCUGAGGUCAUGACAGACUUAAUUCAGCUGUUGUGAUUACAAUUAGUUGUAUGGCCUGUCAAUUAGUGAAGUAUGUGAGCACUGAUUAUGGCCUGGUCUGAGAGCAACCCACAGCCUCUGUUAGCAGUAUGGCGACAGCUCCACCUAGCCUUCCAAUAGGCUUAGGGGAACUUCUGCCAUAUUUCUUCUGCCUAUCUGGUUCAUGUAGAUCAGAAAACCAAAGGGUUGUAGGGGCUAGGGGUUGUUUUUGGACCAGGCCUGUGUUAUGUUCAUUGGGAGAAUACAACACAUAGUGUGCUUUCCUAACCUCCUAGCUGACUUGACACCCUUCUUAAAAACCAUUGUGUGAACAACAAACUGUGAUCUUACUAAUGUUCCCCAGAGACAUAUUUAUUUAUAUCUAUAUAUAUGGCUCUGAUGUUCCCCACCCAGUCUCUGAAUAAUAACCACUGCGCUAUGUGCAAUAUGGUGUAUGUGAAGGGCACAGCCAUUGGGAAAUACCAGGCCCCCAUAUCUCUGUCUUGUCGUUACUCUAAACAUAAUGGGUUCUCACUCAACAAGAUGUCGCAUAAAGCUUAGUUCAUUUUACGGGUUUCACUGCAUCAGGGAUAGCGUACGCAGAUGUUUCAGCUUCACAGCCUUCUUCAGUGUGUAGGUACUAAUGUAUUUGAAUUCAAAACAGCAUUUGUAGGGUACAACAGAUUAGCAGCAGGUACUUCUAAAUAGGGCUACCAAUCAUUUGCCAAGCUUUCAUGUUGAAGCAUUUCACGAGCAGCUUUCCUCGUAGAACUGUACAAAACCAUGUUGAAUGGUGACAAUGGGACAGACUGACGACCGUGAUAAUCACGGUGGUCGAAGAUGUUCUCUGUCUGCUGCACUUAGGAUGACGAGAGAGAGAAACGCGGGAGAGUAACAUGCUACCUCUUGUGGAUGGAGAUGCUUUAGGCCUACUGUACUCUGUCCUGGACAACCACUGUGUAUGCUGGUUUUCAUCUGAACCAGUCUCUUCCCCUACAUCUGUGCUGAUAUCACCUGACUCAUGUUAGGAGUGUAUCACUUUCAGAAUCAGUGGAGAGGUUGGUGGGUUGGUUGGGAGAACUGUCUAUGCUAGGUUAUUCCAGGGAAAGCAACAGGAGACUAGGUGAAGCUAUGCUGCAAAUGCCUGAUCCUUCCCCCUUCCUGUCUGUCUGUCUGUCUGUCUGUCUGUCUGUCUGUCUGUGUUGUGAAGGUAUUUCUUUCCCCCUUUAGGUUUUCUGUAGCCAGAAUGAGACAGAGGGAUGAGACUGAGACGUUGUCAUAAUCAAGAUCAGGAAGUAUCGUAGCCAACUGUUGCCAUUGUUUCAGUCAGCUCCAUCCAUUGGGAGUUCAACUUGGCUUCCAAUGCCAAUAUACUUCCUGGAUAAUCUUCAGAUUGAUGACAUCACUGUCUAAUCUUUCUUCAUCUCAUUCUAGUACUGUAACCAGAAAGUGUGGGGAUGACCCAAUGGCAAAAAUACAAUCAGUAUUUAAUUUUAUUUAUUUAUUAUGUAACUUAUUCAGGCAAAA